UAUACGUUAGCAGUGGCCGUGGAUGCAGCCGUGACGCCUUGGAGCCUUAUAUUGUGAAAAAUUCGUAAUGUCAGUUGUCGUUGAUGGUAGCGGUGAUGCCAGAAUGCAAGAAUAUUCCAAGCUGGCUGCCGACCUAGAACAGCAAGAGCUGGAGGCGAACAAUGGCGUUGCCAGUCCACAGGCUUAUGGUCAGCUGCUAGCCAUCUACCUCCUACAAAAUGAUCUGCCGAAUGCCAAGUUCCUCUGGAAGAGGAUUCCUCAAGAAAUCAAGCAGUCUCACACAGAGCUGGGAAACAUCUGGAAAGUUGGCCAAUGUCUAUGGUUCAAAGAUUUUCCUGCAAUCUACGAUGUUUUAUCCCAAGAAUGGCCUGACCAUGUCAAACCUAUCAUGCAGGAACUUGGAGUCUGUAAAUUACAUUCAGAGCGUACAAGACGGCGAGCCCUGAUUCUGGUAGCCAAGGCAUAUUCCUCUAUUUCCCUUGAUGAUGCCUCCCGCUUUCUGGGCAUUCCCAAGCUUGAAUUAGCUGAUGGUAAGAAGGUUGUGAGUUCAUUGGGAUGGUCCAUUGAUGCUACAAAUGGCAUGGUUUUGCCAACAUACACUGCGGUCAGACAUGAAGAUUCAAUGCCGAGUGAAGAACAGUUGGCUAAACUCACAGACUUUGUAGCCUUCCUAGAAAAUUGAGUUUUGCUGCAGAUUCGCGGUCCACUUUACACGAGUUUAUAUUACGUCAAUUGAAACUUGUAGCUUUUUCACAUAAUAAAUCACUGCUGCACAUUUGCCA